AUGGCGGAAGCUCUGGAGCAGUUCCUCGUGUUUGUAGGGCUGCUGGUGUGCCUGGUCUUCCUGGUGAAGUGUGUGAGAUUCUCCAGAUGCAUUUUCCUGAACUUCUGGAAGGUUUUGCCAGGGCCUUUCUUGCAGUCCAUGGGACAGUGGGCAGUGAUCACUGGAGCAGGAGAUGGGAUUGGGAGAGCGUACUCGUUCGAGCUAGCAAAACACGGACUCAACGUUGUGCUUAUCAGCCGGACGCUGGAGAAGCUACAGGCUGUUGCCAUGGAGAUCGAGCAGACUACAGGAAGCAGUGUAAAGAUCAUACAAGCAGAUUUUACCAAAGAUGACAUCUAUGAGUAUAUUAAAGAAAAACUUAAAGGCUUAGAAAUUGGAAUUUUAGUCAACAAUGUUGGAAUGCUUCCGAACCGUCUCCCGAGCCACUUCCUUACUGCAUCAGAUCAAAUUCAGAACCUCAUCCAUUGUAACAUCACCUCAGUAGUCAAGAUGACACAGCUAAUUCUGAAACACAUGGAGUCAAGGCGGAAAGGCCUCAUCUUGAACGUUUCCUCUGGGGUGGCCCUCUUUCCCUGGCCUCUCUACGCCAUGUACUCGGCUUCCAAGGCUUUUGUGUGUGUGUUUUCCAAGGCCCUGCAAGCGGAAUACAAAGCGAAAGGAAUCAUUAUCCAGGUGCUGACGCCAUUUGCUGUUUCCACCCCAAUGACAAAUUAUCUGAACACCAACAUGAUAAUCAAGACUGCCGAUGAGUUUGUUAAGGAAUCACUGAAUUAUGUCACGAUUGGAGAUGAAAGCUGCGGCUGCCUUGCCCACGAGAUCUUGGCUGGCCUGCUGAGCCUCAUCCCGGCCUGGGCCUUCUACAGCCGCCCCUUCCAGAUGGUGCUGCAGGCCUGCUGGGCUGCCGGCCCGAAGCGCAGCGCCAGGGCCACCUAG